AUGAAUACUUUUUCGCAUGUUCCCCCUGGCUUUCGGUUUCAUCCCACCGACGAAGAACUCGUGGAUUACUACCUUAGGAAAAAAAUUAACUCCAGGACAAUUGAAUUAGACGUCAUCAGAGACGUGGAUCUUUACAAAAUUGAGCCAUGGGAUCUUCAAGAGCUAUGCAGACUAGGUACAGAAGAACAAAACGAUUGGUAUUUCUUUAGUCAUAAAGAUAAGAAAUACCCAACAGGUUCCCGCACAAAUAGAGCUACUGCAGCUGGAUUUUGGAAGGCAACAGGAAGGGAUAAAGCGAUUUACUCGAAGCAUGAGUUGGUCGGGAUGAGAAAGACGUUGGUGUUUUAUAAAGGCCGAGCCCCUAAUGGACUAAAAUCGGAUUGGAUCAUGCACGAGUAUCGCCUUGAAACAGAUGAAAACGCAACCACGACACAGGCAAAAGGGUGGGUGGUAUGUAGGGUUUUCAAGAAACGACUACCCGCUAUGAUCAGGAGAGCAAGCGAGCAUGAACCAAUCUGGUACGAUGAUCAUCAAGUCUCAUUCAUGCCUGAAAUCGACUCACCAUCACAAAACAACACCCGAUCCAACUUGGGUAACACUGGUAAUUACCAAUACCCGUAUGGUUCUUGCAAGAAAGAACUAGAUUCACAGCUGCAAAAUUACCAGAUUACCCCAGGCCAUCGUCUCCCACUCCCUCAUCUAGAGAGUCCAAAACUUCUCCCAACCUGCAAUUCUUCAAUGCCCAUUAACUAUGGUAUCGACAUAAACCAACGAAGCAUCAAUCUAGAGCCUACCUUGUUCACUCAACACCAUAACAACAUCCAUCAACAACAUCAUCAAGACCAAAACUUUAAUGAUCAAAUGACGGAUUGGCGUGUUCUUGACAAGUUUGUUGCAUCACAAUUACUUAACGAAGGCGAUCAUGUUUCGAUCAAGGGAAAUCAUGAACAAGCCUACACAAAUGCAGAAGAAGAAAUAGUAUUGCAAGAAGAUGCAUCAAAUCCCAUCUCCAGUUGCCAAAUAGAUCUAUGGAAAUGA